AUGAAAUGGGAUAUAAUGAUUCAGCUGAUAUUAUUUGCUUAUCGCACUGCAAGACAAGCUACGACCCAGCAAACGCCUUUUAUGUUAACUUACAGAAGAGAAGCAAGAUUACCUGCCCACCCGAGUGAAUCUGAAGAUUUACUGAAUGGAACGUUCUUGCAGAGAAUGUAUGAGUUGACUACGAAA